GCUCUCUGACUCUACUUCUUCUCUUUCAUCAGCUUCACUUCUUUUAAGUCUUAAAGCUACACCCACCACCGGCACCACCAAAAACCCUAAAACUUUAAGCUGGAAAGUGGAAAUCAGUAUGAAAACCAACCACCACCACUCAAAGCUCAAAACGCAGCCGCGUCCGCUCUUCUCAUGCGGGUUUUUCCGUAACUGUACUCAAUCUACACUCAGCCCCACCACUCCUCAUUCUCCUCCUCUCCCUCUUUCUUCCUCACAACAACCACCCGCCUCUCCACCGCUGCUGUCUGUGCCGGAUCACCCUUCCCCUCCACCACCUCCUCCUCCUCCGCCGAAAAACUCGAUGCAGAAACGCCCGGAAUCCUCCUCUUCCUCCUCUUCUUCCUCUGCUUCCCAUAGCUUUACUCAAUGGAAAUUCCCCAUCCCGACGUCCCCUCUCCACCAAAAGCCAACACAAGCUACUCAUUUUCAACCACCGCCGCCGCUUUCCUCUGCUAAUCUCCAAGAACUUUUCCAUAUCGCCGAGGUUCAGUUUUCUACAGGUUCUCUAUCCGAACAACUCGCUGCCCUCCAGCUUCUAGAACGCUCACUCUUGCCCAACCCACCGUCGGACCCGGUUUGCUCGCCUGAAUUGAUGCGUGGGAUCGUUUCGAAUUUGAAAAACAAAGCAGGGGUGAAGCCAGCGACUAAAAUUCUACUUGCAUUAUGUUUGGCGGAAGGAAACCGACACAUAGCUGUGGAGGCGGGAGCCGUGGGAGCGGUGGUGGAGGUGGCGAUGGAGCUGGAAGGAGCGGCAGCGGAGAGGGCGUUGGCUGCUCUCGAGCUCAUGUGCACUGUGGCCGAAGGAGCAGCAGAAGUGACAGCCCACGCGCUUGCAGUGCCCGUGAUGGUGUCCGUUAUGGGACGGUUGGCGGGAAGAGGACGAGAAUAUGCAAUUAGCGUGAUAUCCGUCAUCUACGGAGGUGGAUGCGGUGGUGGAAAUGGGGACGACCAAGAGGAGGAUAUGGUGCCGGCGCCCCCGGAGGAGGUUGCCCGGGCGGUGGCGCUAGCGUUGCAAGGGGAAUGUACAGCUAGAGGAAGGAGGAAAGGGGCCCAGCUUUUGAAAACUCUGGAGGAAUAUGGACGGCUGAAUUUAACCCAAGACGGGAAUGAAGGAUUCUGAUUUGUCCAAUAUUUUGAGUCACGGAAUUUUACUAUUCUAGUUUUAGAGAUUGAGCGAUUGGUUUAAAUACAGUUUUAGUCCCUCUAUCAUG